AUGUCAAUAGGCCGAGGAAGUUCAUUAAUAUCAUCAUUUCCAGACAAUAUGGACGCUGAUCAUCGCGAUCACUACGGGCAUUCAGAUGAUACGGAUCACAAUGCGAUACCUGAAAAUGACCAUGGUCAAUUUGGAAAUGAAAAGUGUUGGUAUGGAACAGCCUGUCACAAUAUGGAAUUCAAUCAUCGCUCACAGUUUGCUCAUCCCAAUGACUCAACUAAGAGUCAUUGUCCAAAGCCGAAAUGCCAUUUCUGGCUGCAAUGUACUAAGACGCACAAUUGA